AUGCAUGUGCCAUCGCACAUCACGUACACCGGUGUGAAGCAGCAGCAGCAGCGUCCGUUGAGUAUGGGCGAUAUGCCGGGAUAUGCGUAUCAGAUGAAUGUGCCCGAGCGAAUCCUGGUUGCCGGUGGCGAUGUGGUUCAGGGAGACCGUGCACCGCCCUCCGAAGUGAUGCUCGAUCGCAUGACCGUCAGCUAUCCCACUCCCGUGAGCUUUUGUGAAUAUUCUCAGUUACGAGUAGUGUAG